AUGGCUUCAUCCCCUUCUGACACCCGGAGCACCUGCGCUUUUUGUCACAACGCCGGUGACGAUCUGAAGAGGUGCGGAGGAUGUCGAAGCGUGUACUAUUGCUCCAAGGAGUGCCAGCUGUCCCACUGGAAGAAACACAAGCCAGGAUGCGUGCUUCCUUGGUCACUCCCCGAUCCCAAGCCAGCCGUACACCAGAAUCAGCUGGAUGGCAAGGACAUUCCAACAGGGUCUACUAGCUCUUUCCCUCGUGCACCAACCACGCCGUCGCAUGCGCAAGAUGUGGUAGUUGGCGUAAAGAUACUUGACAGCGAUUCAACGAAGGGCAACCGAGGGAGGCAUUUUGUUGCCGAGAUAUUCAAGCCCGACCACCCCAUCUUUACUCGGGGUGAACUGUGCCCGCUCACAGCUGUCUACGGGAUUCCGAUCUUACUAUAUCGCACUCAAUUCCCGUACAGCGACAACCAGCCAGCGGUCUACCUGCGCAUCGAGCCGUCAAGUGGUUUCGCACCCUUCCAUUGGCAAACGGACUGGAAUGGGAUUUGUUACGCCGUCAGAAAGGACAGACAACCAUUGCACCCAGAACUCCUGGAGACGAUGCACGAGUUCCACAGCUCGCUCCUAGGCAGCGGCUACUUCAAGGAGCCGGUGGGGCGCAGGCCAUACCAGAUAACCCCAAAGGCUUAUCGCAAGUUCUCCGAUGAAUAUUGGCGGAAACAAAAGCAGUUCGGUCGUGUCAGCAUUCUGGCAAGUGAUGGCAUGGAGUAG